UUAUUAUGUUUUAAAUUUAGGAGGCCGUGAAAUUUAAGGAGUGUAUUGAAAUGUUAUUUUUGUUUCGACGAGAGUGAUAGAGAAACAUGAUUGGUUUUGGUAAAUUGCGAGUGAGACAGUUGUUCAGAAGGAGGGAUUGCAUGAAAUAUCAUUCGGGAGUGGGAGUGUUCGGGCAUCGACCGCGGGAGUCAAUCCAAUUCGAGGUACCAGAAGAAGUGCUUGUUAAACGGUACGAGAACUGCCGGGCGCAGCAACUACUCAACGCAUACCGUAUUUACGGCCACUUGCGAGCUGAUAUCGACAAUGUUGACUAUAGAAAGGAGAACAGGAGCAUCAAGGAGCUCGAUUUAUCAAGACACGGGCUAUCGGCCGCAGACGUUAUCGACUCGGGCCUAUUGUACGGGCACAACGGGAAACAGACUGCGAGCGAUCUGCUCGAGGAAUUAAAGCUAAUUUAUUGCGGCCCGAUUUCUUACGAGUUCUCCUACUUAGAGACAGAAGCGGAAAGAGAAUGGUUUGCUCGGCGUGUAGAAAGCGGUACAGAUACAGUAGACAAAGAGAGAAGAAUUGAAAUACUAAAAGAGCUGUUAAAUUCCCAAGCGUGGGAUAAAUUCCUGUCAGUCAAAUACCCAACAGUGAAGAGGUACUGCGGGGAAGGCGCUGAAUCUCUUCUCACUUUCUUUUCGACUUUGUUCCGGCUAACUACCUCAGAAGAGUUAAAGCACGUGGUAAUAGCAAUGGCACACCGGGGCAAGCUCAACGUGCUUAGCGGUCUGAUGCAGUGUCCGCCGGUGAAGAUCUUCCACAAAUUCAACGGCAAUCCGGAAUUCCCGGCCGAAGCAAAUUCUGCUUGUGAUAUAGCCACACAUUUAAGUGCAUCAAGUGAUAUUAGUAUGAACGGCCACACAGUCCGAUUCUCCCUCAUUAACAACCCAUCUCAUUUAGAGGCUGCGAAUCCAGUGUCGAUGGGAAAAACUAGGUCCAAGCAAUUAAAGAUAAUGGAGGGUGAUUAUUCCGAAAGUGAGUCGUCGAGAUUUGGUGAUAAGGUUCUCAAUGUUCAGAUUCAUGGCGACGCAGCGUUCACUGGACAAGGAGUUAACCAAGAAACUAUAAUGCUCUCACAAGUCCCCCAUUUUGAUGUCGGAGGAUCAUUACACGUAGUUGUUAAUAACCAAGUAGGCUUCACAUUACCGUCAAAUAGGGGUCGUUCCUGUCAUUAUGUCACAGACUUGGCGAAAACUAUAGCCGUUCCCGUAAUACACGUAAAUGGUGACUAUCCAGAGCUCGUCUCGAAAGCUACAAACAUAGCGUUCGAAUACCAAAGAAAAUUCCGUAAAGACGUUUUCAUAGACUACAAUUGCUAUCGGAGAUGGGGACACAAUGAGCUUGACGAUCCUACCUUUACAAAUCCUUUACUUUAUAAGCUCAUACAUAACAGAGAUUCUAUUCCUGAUCGUUACGCAGCUGAACUUAUGUCUGAAUCAGUGUUGAGUGAAAAGGACGUCACUAACAUUAACACAGAAUAUACUAUGUUUCUACAAAAACAAUUCGAAUCAGCCACUACGUACACACCAAAGGUAACAUAUUUUCAAGAACAAUGGACUGGAAUGUCUGCUGCACCUGCUGCCGUCGAAGUAUGGAAUACUGGUGUGGAUAAGGAAAUGUUAAAACUUAUUGGACGCGCUUCUGUAACUACUCCUAGUAAUUUCAAUAUUCACGCGCAUCUUGCUAAGACUCAUGUCAAAAACCGUUUAAAUAAAAUAACUCAAGAAAGCGACCUUGACUGGGCAACAGCUGAGGCUAUGGCAAUCGGUUCCCUUCUUAUGGAAGGCCGUCACGUAAGAUUAAGCGGUGAAGACGUCGGUCGAGGCACAUUCUCUCACCGACACGUUAUGCUCAUUGAUCAGCAAAAGGAGACCAUACAUGUCCCUCUCAACCACAUACAUGAAGAGCAGAAAGGAUUUUUAGAGGUAGCUAAUUCGAUUUUAUCUGAAGAAGCAGUACUAGGAUACGAAUACGGCAUGGCGUUUGAUUCCCCGGACAACUUGUACAUUUGGGAGGCUCAGUUCGGAGAUUUUUAUACCGGAGCUCAAAUCAUCGUUGAUACUUACAUCGCGUCUGGAGAAAGUAAAUGGGUACGCAGCAAUGGUCUAGUAAUGCUGCUUCCACAUGGGUUCGAUGGCGCCGCAUCAGAACAUUCUUCGUGUAGGAUUGAACGAUUCCUGCAACUCACCGACAGCUCUGAGACCACUCCCGAUUCCGAAGCAGUAUGCAUGCACGUGGUUAAUCCGACAACUCCUGCGCAAUAUUUCCAUCUGUUAAGAAGACAGAUGAUCCGCAACUACCGAAAGCCUUUAGUGGUGGUAGCUCCAAAAAUCUUAUUGCGAUUAGCUGACGCGACAUCACCACUAUCCGACUUUGAACCGGGGACGCAUUUCAAACCAGUCAUAGGUGAUGCUAUAGCUGAUCCGUUGAGAGUCAAUCGAGUGAUACUAGUCUGCGGGAAACACUACUACGAGCUGAACAAAGAGAGGUUAAAAGCGAAAAUAGACGACGUAGCCAUUUUGAGGGUGGAAUCGCUCAGCCCUUUCCCCCUACAAGCACUGCAACAUGAAGUUGCGAAGUAUAAAAAUGCCAGGAAAUUCAUAUGGAGCCAAGAAGAACAUAGAAAUAUGGGAGCCUGGACAUUUGUUAAGCCUCGGUUUGAGAAUCUUCUAGGCAAAAAGUUACUUUACGCGGGAAGGGCAGAAGCGCCAACGACAGCCGUGGGCGCCUCUAAACUACAUCGUGUUGAGGUUGAGCAUGUUUUGCGAGAACCCCUAUACAAUAUUAAAUAAAAAUUUAAUUAACUAAUGACAACUGACAGUACGUUCAGUAGGAUGAAUGUAAUAAAGUUAUUGAGAUUGGAUUUAGCUCAAAACGCAAAGGGUGUUGGCGUGAUGCAUAUUUAUUCACGACUUAAUAUUUAUCCAAUAAUAUAGAUUAAUUAGAGAAUGAAAACAAAUUUAUUGAUUAUUAAAAACAGUUAUAAAAUUUGAUUGAAAUAUUGACUCUUAAAAUCGAGCUGCAAUGCAUUAAAAUAGAUUUGAGUGUCGCUUUAGAUAUAAAAAUCAUAAAAUUCAAUAUGGCGGACAUACGAGUAAGACGUCAUUUUCGGACGAAGCUAUUAUAAAGCUAAUGAAGUCUGACAAAUGGAGUAAUAUUUAGGAUUCACCAUAAUAAUAUUAAUAUUAGUGUUUUCGAAGUGCUGCAUAUAAUAAGGACCAUGUUUGUGGCGGAAUGCAGUUUGGCAUUUUACUGAGGUAGUCAAAAUCAUUCAAAUUCAAAUUUCAAAUUAAAAAUUCAAAUUUCAAAUCUCUAUGAUAUUUGCCAACCCUUUAUUUGCAAGGCUAAAAAGGCAAAUUUUAAAAAUUAAAAACAGGUUACGCAGUAUUCCAUGAGUUCCUAAACGAAAUAAAUACCUUUUAGGAUGAUGAUAGAAUAUUUUACCUGCUAUAGGGAUAUUCGCGGGCAAAAUGAAUGCCUCUGACGUGAAAAUUAAUGACCUCUGAUAAGUGCAUUUAAACCGCAUUCAUAAGCUUAGUUUGUACUUUGUUA